AUGUCAUUUUUAAUCGAUUUUUCAAAAAAAAUUUUGUCCGAAAAAAAUUUGUCCGCAAGUUUUUUGCGGAUUUUCUUUAAAUUUUUCUUUUUUUUCAGUCGUUUGGAUAUUCGUCGAAAUUCCCACAAUCCACCACCACCACAACAACUACUAGAUACCAACAAUUUUCCAGAUUUACAGCAACAACAACAAAGGCCUUCUUCAGCUCAUUCUUUCCCUUCUCUAUUUCCCCAACAAGAACAAAACGAUUUUCAACAACAAAUGGUUUCACAAGGACAGCAGGGAUCACAAAUGCAGCCAUUUAGCAGUCGAAAAUUAUUUAUUGGAGGACUAGGCCAAAUAGACGACAACACUUUAAAACAAUAUUAUUCUCAAUGGGGGCAAGUUGUCGAUUGUAUAGUUAUUCGAGAUCCAACAACACGAAGUUCUAGAGGAUUUGGAUUUGUUACGUAUACAACUGCUGAAAUGGCAGAUGCUUGUAUAGCAGUUCUUCCCCACAGAAUUAAUGGAAAGAAUGUAGAUGCAAAAAGAGCUGUUCCAAAAGAAAAGAUGAAUCCAAUUGUAAAAACUGAUGCGCUUCCAGAAUUUUUGGUAUAA